CUCUGACCUCAAGAAAGUUGUUGAGUUAUAAUGAAAGAGUGCAGCAGGUGAAUGUAAAUCUGAUUGACAGAAACACUGCAGCAGGUAAUAAAAUGCAUCUCAUUUGACAUUCGAUCAUGUUCAGUAAAUACACAUGAGGUUCAGUUUACUGUCAUUGAAAUCCGUCACAUGAAACUCAUUAUUUAUGCACAGCAGCACACAAGAGAGGUGUGUAGUAACUAAUCUGCAUGUCGUCUUCUACAAAUAAAGAAUGAAGUCUGAAAUUAACUCACUAAUACUCGUAACAGAGAGAGAAAGAUUGCAGUGAAGUGAAAACUGACAUCAUGAGUUUUCUAGCAGAUAAGGAUGAUAACAGUGAUAAAAGAGUGUUGUUGAGUUCAGUGUCAUUUAAGAAGAUUUAAUAUGUGACUCGUUUUAUAAUGUAAACUAACGCUGAGCACGACCUGUAGAUAUAUAACCUGUGUGAAUGCCACACACAAACAGAGAGAUAGAGAGAGACAGACAGAGAUAGAGACACAGAGACAAAGAGGGAGAGAGAGAGAGAGAGAGAGAGAGAGAGAGAGAGAGAGAGAGAGAGAGAGAGAGACAGACAGACAGAGAGAGAGAGAGAGAGAGAGAGAGAGAGAGAGAGAGAGAGACAGACAGGGAGAGAGACAGAGAGAGAGAGAGAGAGAGAGAGAGAGAGUUAGCUGAAUAACAACCCGGUGACGUGACAACACAAUCAUCACCACUUAUGAGUAAAAGUGCACAGUCAUGAUCGGUAACGGGAGAGUCUGUACGUGAAAGUUUGAGAGUGUGCACGCGGACCUCCACCUGCACCUGCUCGCACCUCGCGCUUCAUCGCCGUCCUCGUUAUCUUGCGGGAAGAAGAAUAAGGCGCGAUCAUGGGUCGCUACAGCGGCAAAACGUGUCGCCUGAUUUUAAUGAUCGUCAUCACCGUUAUCUUUUUCGUGGCCGAGAUCGUGGCGGGAUACGUGGGGAACUCCAUCGCGCUGGUGUCGGACUCCUUCAACAUGCUGUCUGACAUUCUGUCGCUAUGCGUCGGGCUGACUGCAGCGCGGGUGUCGCGUCGCGCCGGAUCGGGACGCUACACGUAUGGGCUCGGGCGGGCGGAGGUGGUCGGCGCGUUGGCCAACGCCGUUUUCCUGGCCGCCCUUUGCUUCUCCAUCUCCAUGGAAGCGCUGAAGAGACUCGCCCGGCCCGAGGCCAUCGAUGACCCGUUGCUGGUUCUCAUCGUGGGCACGUUAGGUCUGGCGGUGAACGUCGUGGGUCUGCUCAUCUUCAUGGACUUCAGAUGGCUGUGCGGCGCGAAGCGACAGAAAGACGGCAAGAGCGCGGAUGCGGAGGAAGAAGCAGGCAGCCUGGACCACCAGAGUGAAGAGCAGAAGUCUGCAGACGACGGACCUCCGCUCAACAUAAGAGGAGUGCUGCUUCACGUGUUAAACGACGCACUGGGCUCAGUCGUGGUGGUUGUGGCUUCAGCUUUGUUCUACGUAUGGCCCCUGGCUCCCGAGAGCCCGUGUAACUGGCAGUGCUACGUGGACCCCAGUCUGACCCUCAUCAUGGUAGCCAUCAUCAUGUCGUCGGCCGCGCCGCUGGUUAAAGAAACCGCCGGAAUACUGCUGCAAAUGAGCCCGGCCGACCUGCACCUCAGCUCUCUCUUGGAGAACGUGCGCAAACUCAGCAGGGUUGUGAGCGUUCACGAGCUCCACAUAUGGGAGUUGAGUAAAGGACGGAAUGUGGCCACCCUGCAUGUCAAAGUGUCUGCUGACCUCCAUGAGGCGUCCUGGAGAACAGGAAUAUCCAGUCUUCACCGAGAGAUCCGAGAGGUGUUUCAUUAUGCAGGUGUCCACAGCGUGACCGUCCAGUUUGAGCAUGUGGACGGAGGCCACUGCGACACCCCCUGUCUGUCCUCGUCCUGCGUGAAACUGUCCUGCUGUCCCGCGGGAGCCGCCUCUGCGUCUGUUCUGCACGGAAACUCUGCGUCACCCUCCGAGGACAGAAUUGUUGACACGCUUGACGUCAGCAACACACUGUUGAGACAGAAAGAGAGGAAACAUGCACACAACGUAUGCUCUGCCAGCACUAAGUUUUAAAGUUCAGAUCUUCAGGAGCUUCUUAAGGUUUUCAAGAUCUCAUUCAGGUGAUACAUGUGGAUCUAUAAUGCUGUAUUUAUUAACUGUGCCUCUUGUGUCUGAUGUACUUUAGACCUGAAAUCUCCAGGCUGACUGCACUUCUGUGUCUCACUGCCUUUAUGCUCCAGUGACGCGAGCUCUAUACUUCACAACCAAAGCUGAUGUUUUACAUCCGAAUAAGUGUGACUAGAUUCAGUCUGUUUAAAAACGUCUGCCUGAGAGAUGAAUUCCCUGUGGAUCGCUCAUUAACUUGUCAAGCACACAGAAAUAGUGUGUGUGUGUAUUACUGGCCGGUUGGGUUAAACGAUUAAACUAAACCAGCUUAUUACAAAACCUGAUUUAAAAGUGGCACAUGAUCAGAACAAACAGCUUCAGAGUAAUGAAGAGAACACGUGUGACUGAUUUACACUUGUAAACUGUAACCUAAAGAAUGAUAGACUGCCUUUUUGUUGCUUUCUUUCUUCAUCAUGCCUUUACUUUCUUCUUAAAGAUGUUUUCAGAAUGUUACAUUUAGAUGUUUUAGAAUCAAAUUUAAUUUGUGAUUCAUUUUUAUAUUCUGGUUGAAACACAUUAACAAAAACCAAAGGAUAGUAAGAUCUGAUCACAGAUUUAUAACAGAAGCUUUUCCACCACAUAAUAAAUAGUGUUGGUGUUGGG